UUGCCUGGGUUGUUCCACAUAUGCGCAACCUCCAAGAGGAACAACUGUGCUUUUGAAAUCCACUCUGAAACAAAGUGUUUGUUCUUGGCUGUGCAAUUGCUUGACCAUGGAGCAUCUCAACUUUAGCAUCAAUCAGACUUCUGAGUCUGAUUUUGUCAACACCAACAGUACUGUGAGCUCCAAGCAGGUAGGUGCUGCAGUAUUUCUAAGCCUGUGCUGCUUGGUUGGAUUACCCAGCAACAUUGCAGUUAUCAUCACCAUCGCUCGUCAAUGGAACAAACGUAUGAGCUUCACUAUGAAGCUAAUGCUAAACCUGGCUAUAUCUGAUUCUUUGGUCCUCGGUUUGGCUCCUUCUGGAGUUUCUGGUCUGCUGUAUGGAUGGACAUCUGGCCUUUGGUCAUGCAAGAUUCUGGUGUAUCUAAUCUACUGUGCUAUGUAUGCUGGUGUGUUGACUGUGACUGUGAUGGCUGCACAUCACUAUUACAUAAUUAAAUCAAAAGUUCCUGAUCUCAGCACAGUGGAAAGACUGCAGAAAGCUCGUAGACAGUUACUAUUAAUUGGGCUCUGGAUUGUAGCCACAGUUUUUGCCUUACCUGUACUUUUCGUUCAAAGUGUUCAGUUGAAGAGGGGAUCUUUAAGGUGCCAGAGGACCAUAGCAUCACCCUCUGGAAAGGUUACAGUUCUUGUGUUGGAGAUCCUGUUUGGAUAUGUCCUCCCUUUCACCAUUAUAACUGCAUCUUACUGCUGGAUCUGCAAGACACAGCUACAAGGAGGUACAAAUAUUAGAGAAAGAAAGAAGAGAAUGAGAAGGCUUGUGAUCAGUAUCGUCACAGCCUUCUUUCUUUUCUGGACUCCUGUACAUAUCAUCAACAUGUUUGACAUUGCUACUACUCUGACUAAGACAUCAUCUCCAGCUGUCUAUGCUCAACUAAAAGUGAUUCGUAGAGCAACAGGAGAUUUGAGCAAAACUGUCUCUAUAAUUAAUUGCUGUGUGAACCCAUUUUUGUAUGCAUUUGCAUCAGGGAUCUUCAAGAAAAAGAGGCAACAGCAAGAAACAGAAAACAGCACAGACUUCACUGUAACAAAUUGAGUACAUAUAAAUGUUUUUCACAAUAACCUUGAAAUACUGUUGGAAGAUAUUGCACUGUUAUUGUGAACAAUAAGUGCCAUUUCAUCCUGUUGGGAUUUAAUGCAUAGACCUUUUUGUUACAGUUAUAUAACAUUUAGAAAAGUAUUUCUAUAUUUUUCUUCAAUAGUUGUAUUGUGAAACCUGUUUUAAAUAAUUUGGUGACUCCUG